AAACUGUCAAUAAUAUUUACUAUUUAUAUAAACAUCUAAUUAUUCUGGCAAUGCCUGAGGUUUCUACAAGCUCUUUAAAAGAUUAUCAGCUGAAAGAUGUUCCUUGGGUUUUUAAAUCAUCUUCCCAGUUUACGCCAUAUUACACUAGAGUAACACAAAGUAAUCUUGGAAAAUAUUGUGUUCCAGUUACUUCCAAAGAUGAUGAAUUACCAAAAAGAGGUCCUAGCGUAAUUCAUCCUAAAAUUUUAGAAAAUAUGAUGUUUGAUGAAAGAUACUCUUGGUUGGCUAGACCGGGUAAAGAAGACUUUUUUAUUCACGAAAUGUACAGAAAGUUCACACCUGAUAGAUCAAAAGGAAUGUACGAUCCGAGAUAUAUGCAUAAAGAAAAAAUAUUCAACCGUUCGUAUCAGUUUGAAUUGGACUGCAUCGAAGCUGAACGACUAGAAAAACGUCGCGUAAAGAACGAAACAGACGCGGCAGAAUUUGAGGGGUCUUUUCAAAGACUAGUUAAGAAACAAGUCGAAAAAGAAUCUCCGCCCAUACCUUUGGUGCCUUGCAAAAUAGAACCUCCCUUUUGGUGGCCUAAAACUCCACAACCAGACGAAGAAAUUAUAGAACCGGUAAAGGUAACUCCAGUUUAUACGAGGUCUUACGCUAGAUGGAUAGAAGAACCAAAUUUAACGGCUUUUGUACAGGAUAAUCUUUGCCAAAGGAAAAAGGAUAUGCUUCUCGUUGGUCAGCCUUUUAAAACCGAAGCGUGCAAUUGGUAUUAUAAAAUAUAUCCACCCCCAGAUAUCAAAUUCGUCCCAAAACGUUUACAGUAGCAAAACUGUCACAAUGACAAUAUAUCAAAAUUUUCGUUAAGAUAUCAUAUAUAUUAAAAUUUUAAGUUUAAAAUGGACAAAAUAGCAACAGAAAAUCUCUUUUUGUUAGAAUUUUUAGUAGAUAAUGUGACUUUGGAUCCCAACUACGAGAAUGAUGAUGAUGAUACUGGCGAAAAAUGUGUGACCUUCCAGUUUUUGGAUAAUGCUCCCCUCGAUGUAUGCGAAGCUGAUUUUAACCCUCAAAGAAACUAUAAAUCAAAUUGUCCAAAAUUUGCCAAUAUAAAAAGUGGAAAAUCUUGCCUGUUUUCUCUGUCUCCGGAGCAAGCCGAAGAAGCUCUGAAUAAAUUGGACAUUUUUGUUAAGAUUUACAAAAAGAUGCCACCAGGUAAUUGGAUGCCUUCAGAUGUGGAACUUGGUAGUGCAGCAAUCUCCAUCGCUAAUCUAUUUAACGAACUUAUUACCAGUAUAACUGAUUCGACUGAAGAUGAAGAAACUAUUCCCACGGCGAAAACCUUAAAAGACGAAUUUUAUAUAACAUCUCCCAAUGGAGAACCAUGCGGAAAGAUUAGCGUCUACAUCAGGAUGUCCUGUUUUGGCAAGCUUAUAGUGACUCAGUUCCAAAUGAAUCUAAACGACAAGUCUGUGUUAUUUAAGGAUAAAGAAGGAAAAUCUUUGUACAGAUACAAAAAGGCUGGUAAAGGUUCAAAAGGUAGCAAAUGUACACCAAAAUCCGAUAAACACGACAGGAAGAAAAGUAGGAAAGGUAAAGGCGAUCCCUGUGACUGCGAUGGCCCGUCACCUGAAGACGAUGCAAUGUUUUCAAAAACAGAUCAAUGUACAGACUCCUGUCCUUUUAAACCAUGUAUAAUAGAACAACAAGGCGGUGGUCCAGGUCCUGCAUACCCAGGUAGAUACACUGGCGCCUUCCUACCCUGGAGCUUUUCCAUAUGGCCCCGAAGGUGCUGCAUACAAUCAACUUCCUUCUGGAUUACCCAUGAAUAUUCAAGGAAUGAAUUACAGUCCAGGUGUAGGAAUGGGUGCAUUCGGCGGAGGUUACUUCCAGGUGAGAGGAGUGGUGCUCCUUGUAUAGAAUGCGACAAUAAACCAAAUCCCCCAUGCGCAACAGUAUAUGGCGGCGGAUUUACCGGAUUUGGCGAUUUGCCUGGAUAUCCUACAGGUAUGGCAAUGCAAGCCGAUAUGCCUAUGCAAGGUAUGGCCCCUUUGCAAACAAACGGGGGAUAUGCACCAUUUCAACCACAACAAAACGGACUUGCUGUAUGCCGCACCGGUCAAGGUCCCGAAAGAAGUCCAGAAUUAGACCAGCCUUGCUCUGAGUGUUCCCCUUGUCCGUAUGGUGAAGAAGAACCACCCAAAGCAGACGGCCCUGAAGGAAAUUAUCAAGAAAUCGGCGCUUCAAUGGGAGGAAAUUCGCUAACAAUACGAGUUCACAAAGACAAAGGUAAAAUCGAGCCAACAAGUGACUAUUCAGGAAGCUGCAUAUGUGCAAAUGAAAAAAAUAAAAUGAAUAUUAACAUGCGGCCAGGAGUACGUCAAGCUGGAGAAAAUCUUCCCUUUGCCUUUAAAAUGGGUCAACAAGGUCAACCAGGAGGGAACAACGUAGUGGUCAAUCCACCAGUAAGUACGGCGCCCAACGGAGCCAAGUGCGCAGAAUUCUCCGAUCCCAAUAAAGAGCUCUUUGUAUUAAGAAUAGGUAAAAAGAGUGAAGGUGUGGACAAGAAACAAAACCUUGAACUUGAAUUGUGUACGCCCAAAGGUCCGGAGCUAAAACCAAUUCCGCAAAAGGUUACAACUGAAACACAAUACGAUCCUGCAGAUGCUGGAUCUGAGAUUAAAGGCAAGAAAGGAAAGGGAAAAGGAAAAGGAAAGGGAAAAGGGGGCAAAGGAAAAAAGAAAAAAUAGGUUUAACUUUGUAAGUUAAAAAUUGUUUAAAGAUAUUGUACUGUCCUGUAUAACUAAAAUAAAAAAUGUUACUCUCGUUAAAAA